GCCGCCGCGAUGCGGCCGGUGAAAGUGUCCUGUCCAUGGUGCGUGGCGUUCGGCUUCGCCGUCGUCACCAUUGCAGUGCUGGUCAGGCGAAGCCAGACUUUCCGCUACUUCUUCCGCCUGACCACCUACUAUGUGCUCAUGUCGAUCGUGUGCGCGCUGGCGUGCGUUCCGUCCGUGUUCCGACCCUUCAACCCAGCAAACAUGCUCAUCAUCAGCUUUGGCCUCAAGCGUCUCAGGUGGACCAUAGGCGUGGAAGCGGUGCUGCGCCACGAAGAGCGCAUACCCAAGGACAGGAGAUUCAUAAUGGUCGUCAACCACCAGUCUAGCCUGGACGUGUUCGGUCUGAUGCACGUUUGGCAAGAAUUCCACCCAUGCUUGCCCGUGAUGAAGCGUGAGCUGCUCUACACGGGCCCACUGGGAGUGGCGUGCUACCUUGCCGGCUGUGUUUUCAUAGACCGUCGCAAUGCGCAGCAGAGCCACCGAGCACUCAACGAACGCCUUGAGGAUAUCAAGAACGGCAAGGCGAGCUUCAUGCUGUUCCCAGAAGGGACUCGGAAUCCAGAACCCAAGAUGCUGCCGUUCAAGAAAGGUGCUUUCCACAUGGCAGUGGACUGUCAGGCCCCCGUGGUCCCUGUGGUGCUCAGCAAUUACAAAUCGUUCUUCUGCUACAAAGACAGAAUAUUUAAUGAUGGUGUAAUAAAGCUGACCGUGCUGCCCGUAGUCAGCACCGACGGUUUGACCACGAAUGACGUGUCGGAUCUGACGAAGCGCGUCCAAAGCCUGAUGCAGGAUGAGCUGGACCGACAGCUUUCCGAAGUGGAAGAAACGCAGCAGAUGGUACCCCUCGCUACCGGUGUUCAGCGGGCAGUUGUCAGCGACAUACACUUCGUCAGCUCAGCAUCGAACGAGUCAGCACUAGCCACUAAGGAACGACCCAGAGAUGCCCGAAGGACCAACCGCCUCAAACGAUCCACCUAACUGUGCCCAACUUCUGCACGUGCAACGGGGCAACGGAGGUCUUCAAUGACCACACCAGCUUCGAGACAUUACGAGAACUCGACCGCAGUGCGGCGGCGGGUAAUAAACGUUGGUGAUGA